AUGACCGAACGCCUCACAAAUACGCCGAAACAGACCACCAGCAUCGACCAACUCUCCAUCGAAGUUGUGCCAGUAGCUCGUGAAGACGAGGUCGCAGACAUCUGGCCCAUCAAGUGGGGAACAACUAAGCUCGAUUCCGCACUCGGCCUUUUCCACUUAGCACAGUACGGCAAGACCCUCGAUAAGAGAGCAUGGGACGAUCUUGUGGUGAAUUGGACAAGCGAAGAUAUGGCGGCAGUCGAAGCGCUCUUUCUAAGGAAAACAUGGCCCGAGAUGUUACCGUAUCCAAAUCUAGUUGCGUAUGCACGAUACGUUAACGAAUAUUAG